AAGGAUUUUUUUGGGCAAUUCCCUCCUUCCGGGGGCGGAGUCUGGUUUUCUCUCGUCGAAGCUAUCUCAUGGCCCCUGGUUUUGCCUCCCCUUCUCCGCCUUUAUACCUCCUCCCCCCCUCUCGCUUUCUUUCUCGCCAAAAUUCCUAUUUUUUUCGCACAGUGCUCGUCGAUCCCGAUCCUAUACCGGGGUUGUCUACUGAAAGUUUGGGCUUCUCUCGCUUCUACUUCGAGAUUAGAUCUUUGGAGCCGGUAAAGUUAGAACCUUGGAGAGUUUUGGUGCUGGAAUUUAGGUGCUGGGGGUGAAAGAUCAUACCUUGGGCGAGUUCGCGAGGCCUGGAUGAAAGUAGAGGCGACUAAUGGGUACGAGGGGGAGAAGAAGCCAGCGGGGGCGAAGAGGAAGGGGGAGAAGCUGGUAAGGAAGCGAGGGUGCAGCAGAGGGACACGGCGGCGGGUGCAGGCCGCCUCCACGGCGAUCCAGCGUCUGUACGUGGCCUGCAAGACGGUGUUCAAGGACCCUAAGACCGUCCCUGAGACCGCCAACGUCGAGAUGCUGCAGCGUCUCUUAGAUGAAAUGAAACCAGAAGAUAUUGGGCUAAGCACGGAUGCACUCUUCAGGGUUAAAAAUUCUUCCAAAGGAACCCCAAAGAUCACAUAUGCGAUGAUUUACAAGUGCGAUAACUUUUCGAUAAGUAUCUUCUUCUUGCCCCCGAGAGCAAUUAUUCCUCUCCAUAACCACCCUGGGAUGACUGUUUUCAGCAAAUUACUGGCAGGAUCGGUGCAUAUAAAGUCUUAUGACUGGCUCGAUCCUGGUGCAUCAAAUAGCUCUAAGCCCUCACCUAAAUUGAGACUAGCCAAGUUGGUGGUGGAUUCUGAUUUUACUUCUCCUUGCGACACUUCAAUUCUUUAUCCGACAACCGGAGGCAACAUUCAUACAUUCACAGCCAUUACCGCCUGUGCUGUGCUUGAUGUUCAAGGACCCCCCUACUCGAAAGAAGAGGAUCGUGAUAUUACAUACUAUCGGGAUUAUCCCUACAGGACAUAUCCAAUUAUAAGCUUGAUGAAGGAUGACUUCUUGAAGCGGAAAAGAUUCACUUACCGACACACUCGUGUACCAUUUUUCAGAUGGUGCCACUGACCAAAAUGGAGAGGAGGAUUCUUCUUUUGGAUGGUUGGAAGAAAUCGAUAUAUCGAAGGAUUUGAAGAUGAAUGUUAUCGAAUACCUGGGCCCGCAGGUCAUCGAGGGCUGACAACAGUUGUUCUGACCAGUUCUUUUCAUCUUCCUUUGUGUGGGACUGAUUUCAGGAUGUGUAAAGAUUGGAAUGUUUUUGAGAUGAUACUUCAUGGUCUUUUUUUCCCUGGUUUAUCAUUGUUGUUUAACUUGUCAUAUCAUCAGAAUCAGACUCGAACGUUUCCCACUUAAA